AUGGUAAAAGAAACUAAAUUAUACGAUCUAUUAGGCGUUUCACCAUCUGCCAAUGAUCAAGAAAUUAAAAAAGGAUAUAGAAAGGCUGCAUUAAAAUAUCAUCCAGAUAAACCAACUGGUAAUACUGAAAAGUUUAAGGAAAUUUCAGAAGCAUUCGAGAUAUUAAGUGACAGUAACAAAAGAGAGGUAUAUGACCAAUAUGGUUUAGAAGCGGCAAGGGGUAAUGGUCCUCAAUUUGGACCUGGUGGCAUGCCAGGUGGCCCAGGUGGCUCGGGCGGUGCACACACUUUUUCUAAUGAUGACGCAUUUAAUAUAUUUUCUCAAUUCUUCGGUGGAUCUAGUGGUGGUAGUAUGCCAGGUGGUGCUUCCUUUAGUUUUGGAGGCAUGCCAGGUGGUAUGGGUGGUAUGCCAGGAGGCAUGGGAGGAGGUUCUCCAUUCGGCGGUAUGGGUGGCGGUAUGCCAGGUGGUAUGCCAGGUGGUAUGCCAGGUGGUAUGGGCGGUAUGCCAGGUAGUUUUGGAUCAAGAGGGGCAUCUCCAGCAGAAGAAGAGGUUGUUACGGUCGAUCUACCUGUCAGCUUAGAGGAUUUGUUUCAAGGUAAAAAGAAAACAUUCAAAAUCGGUAGAAAAGGGCAAAACGGUGUUCAAGAAAAGGUACAAGUUGAUAUCCAAUUAAAAGCUGGAUGGAAAGCUGGUACAAAAAUAACUUUCAAAAAUUACGGUGACUAUAAUCCUUCAACUGGUGGCAGAAAAACUCUACAAUUCGUUAUUAAAGAAAAAGUUCAUCCAAAUUUCAAGAGAGAAGAUGAUACCUUAGUUUAUUAUCUACCUUUGACUUUCAAGGAAUCGUUAUUAGGUUUCCAAAAGACCAUACAGACUAUCGACGGUAGAACAUUACCAAUAUCAAGAGUACAACCUGUUCAACCAAAUGACUCUUCUACAUAUCCAGGGCAAGGUAUGCCAAUGACAAAAAAACCAGGUCAAAGAGGCGACAUGAUUGUUAAAUACAAAAUUGAAUAUCCAACUACAUUAACUGACGAUCAAAGACGUGCAAUCGAUGAAUUAUUCUAA